UCGAAAUUACUAAAUUUCCAUCCAUCCGAAUUAUUUGAUCAUAAGAGAAUGGCCAUGCCUUCUUUCAAUGUCUGCUUCGUCCCUCUGGUCCUUUUCUUGCUCUGCUUGCUUAGCUUCACCAGUGAAGCAGACCGGCAAUUAGCCCAUAAGUGUUUCAACCAAACCACUUCCAUCGCCAACAGCACCUACCGGAAUAACCUCAUCCACCUCCUCUCUUCCCUUUCCUCCAAUGCCACGCGCGAAAGUGGCUUCUACAACACCACAGCCGGCCAAGACCCCGAUACCUCAAUUUACGGCCUCUUCCUCUGCCGCGGUGACGUCACCGCCGAUGACUGCCGAAACUGCGUGGCAACCGCAACCAAAGAGGUUGUUCAGCAGUACUGCCCCUCAGAAAGCGCGGCCGUGAUAUGGUACGAUAAUUGCAUAUUACGCUACUCAUAUGGGCCCUCAUUCUUCUCCACCACCGACGAAGAACAUAGAUUUUAUCUGGGGAACGGGCACAAUGCAACAGACCCAGACCGCUUCCGGCGGCUGGUGGCAACCACAAUGAAUGAGCUGGUGGCUCGGGCCGCAAAUGCUUCCUAUGGCGCUAAAAAAUUUGCAGCGAAAGAAGCCAUUUUCAAUGAAUCGCAAACGAUAUACAGCCUUGUCCAGUGCAUCCCUGACCUUUCCCUAUCUGGCUGCAAUAGUUGUCUUCAGGGGCUCGUAGCAAAGCUGGCGGCGUGUUGUGGUGGACAGCUAGGUGGCACAUAUAUGGAUCCAAGUUGUAUUCUCAGGUACGAAAUGUACCCGUUUUACCAGAUACAAUCCACCCUCGAACUGGCUCCGACACCAGUGCUUCUUCCUCCUCCAGCUCCAGGUCAACGCACGAGACCAAAAGGAAAAAGCCUAAUCCCAUUACUAAGAAUUGUAGCCAUCGUUGCUUUAAUUGCGGUCUCUCUGGUUCUAUUUGCUAUGAGCUACUACCUACUAAGGAGGAGAGUAAGAAAGAAGUUCACUUCUCUAGUGGAUGAAAAUGCAGGCAAUGAAAUUACAAGUAUAGAGUCCUUGCAAUUUGAUUUGGGUACAAUCAAAGCUGCUACAAACCAGUUCUCAGAUGAUAACAAGGUGGGUAGAGGUGGAUUUGGUGUGGUCUACAAGGGUACACUUCCUAAUAGUCAAGAAAUAGCUGUGAAGAGACUCUCAAAAAGCUCAGGACAAGGUGCUGAAGAAUUUAAGAAUGAGGUUGUCUUGAUAGCAAAGCUUCAACACCGAAAUCUUGUGAGACUCUUGGGAUUUUGCUUAGAAGGAGAGGAAAAGAUACUUGUCUACGAAUUUGUCCCCAACAAAAGCCUCGACUAUUUUCUAUUUGACCCAGAGAAGCAAAGAAACUUGGAUUGGUCAAGAAGAUACAAUAUUAUUGGAGGAAUUGCUCGAGGGAUUCUUUAUCUUCAUGAAGAUUCUCGGCUUAGAAUUAUACAUCGUGAUCUUAAAGCUGGCAACGUUCUAUUAGACGAGAACAUGAAUCCAAAAAUUUCUGAUUUUGGCAUGGCCAAGAUUUUUGGAGUUGAUCAAACUCGAGGAAACACCAAUAGAAUUGUUGGGACAUAUGGUUACAUGUCUCCAGAAUACGUAAUACAUGGGCAAUUUUCUGUGAAGUCAGAUGUGUAUAGUUUUGGUGUCUUACUGUUAGAGAUUUUAAGUGGCAAGAAGAAUGAUUCCUUCUGUACUUCCGACACUGUUGACAACCUCUUGAGCCAUGCUUGGAGACAAUGGAGGCAUGGAACAUCCUUGGAGUUGCUGGACCCGAGUUUGAGAGAUUCUUAUUCAAGAAAUGAAGUUGACAGAUGCAUCCAUAUUGGGUUACUUUGUGUUCAGGAAAAUCCAGCAGAAAGACCAACAAUGGCGUCAAUAGUUGUCAUGCUAAGUAGUUACUCUGUUACUCUACCAUCACCUCAACGACCAGGGUUUUUCCUUCAUAGUAGAACAGAGUCAAAUGCACCAACAAAUGGAUUGGUGGCAGUUCAAUCUACAAGCAAGUCAGAGCCAUUGUCUGAAGCAUCAAUUACAUACCCUCGGUACCCACUGUUGAGAGCCGCCAAGAGCAAGAGGUUGGCCGCGAUCAUGGGCUUCAACCACUGGAUGACCCUUUUGUUCUUCUCCAUGCUUGUCAGCUUCCUUACCCAAACCCCAACGGAAGCUGCUGCAACUUACAGCUACCAUGCCUGCAACACAACAACUUUCACUGCCAACAGCAACUACGGAUCCAACCUCAUUCACCUCCUCGGUUACCUUUCCUCCAACGCCACCAGCAACCCAGAAUUCUACAACGCCUCCGUUGGAAACUCCGUUGACAGGGUCUACGGCCUCUUCCUCUGCCGCGGAGACCUCCCUGUCGAAACUUGCCGAGAUUGUGUUGCUGGGGCAACUGAAGACGUAGUCAAUCGCUGCCCCGGGCAGAAAAUGGCCGUGGGUUGGUACGAUGAGUGCAUGUUACGCUACUCUAACCGGUAUAUCUUCUCCACCAUGGUCCCCGACCCUACCGCUUACAUUUCUAGCAGAUGGAGUGUUUCGGAGGUGAACCGGUUUGACGAGCUAGUGAGAACGACAAUGAAUGAUUUGGCAACCGGCAUUUCAAAUAUUGGGCCUGGAGUCAAGAAGUUUGGGACGAAAGAAGCGAAAUUCACGGCGUCGCAAACGCUGUACACCCUUGUGCAGUGCACGCCGGACCUGUCGGGUUACGAUUGCAAUAGGUGUCUUCAGAUAGCGAUGACGAAUUUGCCGGGUUGCUGCAGUGGAAAGGAAAUGGGCAGAGUUCUGUUUCCGAGUUGCUAUCUUUGGUAUGAUGUGUACCCGUUUUACCUCAUGGUAAACACAUCGGCACCAACGCCAAAUCCAGCGGUUGUUCCUCCCCCUCCUAGUCCUGGAAAAGGUCAAGUCUCAUUGCUGGCAAUUAUUGCCAUUAUUGCUGUGAUUUUUGUUUGUGCGAUGCUAUUCGUUAUGGGCUACUGCUUCCGUAGCAGGAGAGCAAGAAAGAAGUACAAAGCCAUACAGGAAGGGGGUGCUUGUGGUUACUUACAUUUGCUGUUUCGUUGUGCAGCUGCUAAUGAUAUUACAAGCACUGUAGAGUCAUUGCAAUUUGAUUUUGCUACAAUUGCAGCUGCCACCAACAACUUCUCCAAUGAUAACAAGCUAGGUGAAGGCGGAUUUGGCGUGGUUUACAAGGGGAUACUUCUUAAUGGACAAGAAAUAGCAGUAAAAAGGUUAUCAAAAACUUCUGGACAAGGAGCAAGAGAAUUUAAAAAUGAGGUUGUAGUGGUUGCCAAACUUGAACACAGAAAUCUUGUCAGGCUACUGGGAUUUUGCUUAGAAAGAGAAGAAAAGAUACUUGUCUACGAAUUUGUGCAGAACAAAAGUCUCGACUACUUUCUAUUUGGCAUUGAAAGGCAAAGACAACUGGAUUGGUCAACACGUUACAAAAUCAUUGAAGGGAUUGCUCGAGGAAUUCUUUAUCUUCACCAAGAUUCUCAGCUUAGAAUUAUACAUCGUGAUCUUAAAGCCAGUAAUGUUCUAUUAGAUGGGGAUAUGAAUCCAAAAGUUUCAGACUUUGGCAUGGCAAAGAUUUUUGGAGUUGAUCAAACUCAAGGAAAGACUCGUAAGAUUGCUGGCACAUUUGGUUACAUGUCCCCAGAGUAUGCCAUGCAUGGACAAUUCUCUGUAAAGUCGGAUAUAUAUAGUUUUGGUGUCCUAAUUCUUGAGAUUUUAAGCGGAAAGAAGAUCAGUUCUUUCAAUCAGUCAGAUGGCACUACUAGACACCUUUUGAGCUAUGCUUGGAAACUUUGGAGGGAUGGAACGCCCUUGGAUUUGUUGGAUCCAACAUUGGGAGACUCUUACUCAAGAAAUGAAGUCAUCAAUUGUCUCCAUAUUGGCUUAUUGUGUGUACAGGAUGAUCCAGCUGAUAGGCCAACAAUAGAACCCAUAGUUCUCAUGCUAAACAAUUCCUCGGUAAUUACCCUGCCGUCACCUCAACAACCAGCAUAUUUCUUUAGUAGUGGUACAGAGCAAAACAUACAAUUAAGGGAAGCAGGCUCACAUCAAUCUAGAAGCAAAUCACUGCAGUACUGGUCUGUCGAUGAAGCAUCUAUUACUCAAGUAUACCCUCGGUAGUGUGAGUGGGAAGCGCUUCACAAGAAUCAGUGAUCACUUGCAUAUGACCAUUA